AGCCUGACUAUCAUUCAUGUAAGGUACUUGCCCUGUGUAUAGACGUAAGAGAGACCGGUUACGCUACGCUACACCCACGUUGUCCUACGAUUCAGCUUUAAACUACCGGCACACCACAGACAAAUCAUUGUGCUUUUGACUGUAGAGUUGUAAACACUACAACACCAUAUAACUCGACAAGAUGCUUCUGAGCAGUGUGAACCUGAUAAAAAACAGUCAUUGCCAUAAUAAUAACAACCAUCAGUUCAGUGAUUUUAUCCUCGGCAAAAUCAAGGAAGACCAGGAUAAAAGAGAAAAGAAAUGUAUAGGUACAGCUCCCUAUGGUUCAAGGCACGGAAAACAGAAAAAGGAAGAAAAUGAAUCCAACAAACAAAUAAGCAGCUGUCCAAAAACAAAUUCCGGGCACCAGGCGGAGACAUCCACGGUGAUGAUACACACAAGUGAUAGAUACGUUUUUACAUUACGCCAAGACCGAGAUACCGUCUACCUGGCCGAUACGGAAUCUUCAUGUCAGACCUGUGUGUUCAGACAACGCCAAUACAAAGAUACAGAACAAAGGCAGCUGGCCGUGUUUCAGACGCUAACAGACAGUUCAAAGUACGUCAGCACCGACGGAGAGCGAAAACUCUCAAUAUCGACAUUUGCAACGCAACCCGACCCGGAAAAUCCAGACGAACGAUUCUUUGUUAUCUAUAGAAUAGAAAACGGAAGCGUCUUUCUUCAGCCAUUCUCACACAAAGGGUACUACCUACAUCACAUCGACAACUGCCUUACUGUCCGUAAACUAGAAAUUAACCUCCGCCCUCCAGAGGAGUACUUCUUCCACGUCAUAGAGACUGAUGUACCGGAAGUCGUCAUGGCUAGUUUGUCGAAAAAGGAAAACACGAAAAACUUACGAAACGAACUUGUUCCAGCGGACGGGAGACAAAGGGAAAGGGUUUUCAUCCGGGAACGACCCGUUCAAAAGCCGGGAUUAUUUUUGGGAUGCUUCGGAGUUCGCUCAAAGAAAUCUCAUACAGAUAAAAAGGCCAAAGUUCGUCGAUGAAGUACAUUUUUCAUCCAUGUGAAAAUAAAACAAAAACAGACGUGAUCUCUGUACAAGAGAACUUGUAUCACCCAAAGAUACACACGACUUCCCUUCAAAAGGGGUGGAAAGCUCUGCAGACAUAACUGCGCAUGCUUCGUGACUGACUGAACAUGCCAACCAUGGUUGUGAUUUGAAAGAGAAUCCAGGAAGAUUUUUGUGUUUAUUCACGCGAAUUUCGAGUUCCAGUUCAAGAAACAUUCGGUGAUUUGUGCAAUAGACAUCAUUCCAUUUCCAACUUUAUUUAUCUUAAUUUAUAUCGUAUGUGUUAAAAUACGAGGUGAAGAACAAGACACCCAAAUAACUUACUCCAGAUCAACAACUUUGUGAUUGAGUAGCAAUCCUAUUAAAGAGUAAAUACCCAGGAAUUAUAUCGCAAUAGUACCUGUAAUUUGUAUUGUUAUGAUAAUAAGACGCUGUCAUUCCAAUUGUAUUUUGUGUGUACACCCUCCAUAUUUGUGUUUAAAUUAUAGCCGACAUGAUCUUCUUUGAUAACGGUAGAUUUAGCUUUAAAGACCAUUCCAGGACAACUCUCUUGGAUGAUAAGUAGUGGUAGUUUUAGCUUACAACCAUUCCAGGAUAACUCUCUUGGAUGAUAAGUAGUGGUAGGUUAGCUUACAACAUUCCAGGACAACUGCCUUGGAUGAUAAUUAGUGGUAGUUUAGCUUACAACCAUUCCAGGAUAACUCUCUUGGAUGAUAAGUAGUGGUAGGUUAGCUUACAACCAUUCCAGGACAACUGCCUUGGAUGAUAAUUAGUGGUAGUUUCAUAAGCUGAGAACAUACGUCAUCUCUUGCCUUUUUUUCUGCUUAGACAAAAGAUGAGAACUUUGUUCUUUAAAUCUUGAAUCAAAAGAACCUAGAUUAGGUUUAUACAACCAUGUCAGAAUAUAGGAGUUUAUUUUAUACGACAUUGACGGUGAUAUUCAACCAGAGGUUAUACAAUCCUCAGUCUUGAAAUCAUAUUGCAAUUUUAUACAAUCAAGCCAUAUUUUAAUAUGUAACGUGAGUUACAACUGUAGUCAAUGAGGAAAGGGUAGAUAAGUAGGAGCCAAACAAGUCCGGCCAUUGAUGAAGACUAUUGGGUACAGGAUUAGGUGUACGUUUGUAAUGACAUAUCCUAGUAAUAAAUUAUAACAGGUUCUGUAUAUCAAUAGAACUGUAAUUUUGAUAAUCGGAACAUCAUAUUAUAUUGUGCAAUGACACUUGUUAAUCCGGAAACAGCUGUAUGUUAUCCGACUUGUUUUCAUAAUAACUAAUCAUUCGAUAACUGGAACAAGUGUUGAUAAAUUAACACGGGCUUUGAUGAACAUUUCGAGUUAGUAGAUUCCGGAUUAAUGAUUUUCCUGAAUCUUCUUUAGUAACUGUUCUCAUGUUGAUGUUUGACUCGUGUUUGUAUUUAUCUACCCUUUCGAUAAACUUUCAUUUUAAUCAAAAAUAGAUCAGCGUUUCAUGUUCAAAAUAUUUUAUACUUAAAUUUGGUAGAUAAAUACAAAAUAUCGAGCGGGUUUUGUUAAUGUUUACAUACGGCAGUGCUUGCUUACAUUUCCUACAGUCGUUUUGCCAAAGACACCCAAAUGUUACCUGUUAUUCUGUUGUGUAUAUCUCUCAUAAGGUAUUAUGCAAUCAUGUUCGACAAUCUGUGAUCAUAUCAUCAUUUUAAAGUUGGUGACUUGUCCCAAACUUUGGUUAAAAGUUGGUGUUUCGAAUUUCUUGUAGGAAGAAGCACGAAGCAUAAGUCUUUAAAUAUUGUGACUCUGUGUAGAGUUUUUGUUUGUUUUCUUGUCUUAAAUAUUACACAUUAUUUUCAUUAUUUAUUUGUCAGUUUUCCCUUAAUUUAUUACUUUUGUUCUAAAGAUGUUGGUUUAAGGAAUAAACAAAAGAUAUUUCUUUAUUUCUUACGAAUAAACUAUUUAAAAUAUA